AUGCUGUUCCUGUGCAGCUUUCUUCUGUUUUCGACGUCCCUCGCUGCGGUCUAUGAUGAUGUAUCAAGCCUACCCCAGAAGAACUGUGACUUCGUGAUUAUUGGCGGAGGAACCUCGGGGCUUGUAGUUACCAAUAGGUUGUCCGAAGAUCCCCGAGUGUCGGUGCUAGUCCUAGAAGCCGGGCUUUCCAAUUGGAAUGUUUUAAACUCCGAGGUCCCUUUCCUCACUCCUCGGUUGUGGGGCUCCCAGUAUGAUUGCAACUACACGACGGUUCCGCAGCCUGGUUUGAACAACUGUUCGGUCACGUAUGGACGAGGGAAGUUACUAGGAGGAAGUAGCUCGAUCAAUUCGAUGGCGUACACAAGGGGUUCUGACGAUGACUGGAAUAAAUACGCGGGGAUCACUGGUGAUCCGGGCUGGUCUUGGGAAGGCAUACAACUGUAUAUACGCAAGGCCCGUCACUUACUUUCCAACCCGUCACGUUUCGAUCCGCGGUAUGAUCCUGCGUUCCACUCUGACGCCGGUCCCCUGCAAGUUAGCUUGACCAGUUACUUCUGGCCGUCCACUCAUCGCGUCAUACAAACAACGGAAGAACUUCCUUCUGAGUUCCCGUAUAACUUGGAUGUUAACUGUGGUGAUCCAUCGGGAAUAGCUUGGAUUCAGGCUACAAUCGGAAACGGCACUCGUAGCAGUGCGGCGACCGCAUACCUCAAUGACGACUUUGCGGCUCAACCCAAUCUAUGCGUUCUGAUACACGCUCAUGCUACCGAAGUCAAUCGUGUGACACGAUUGACUUCGAACAAUCGAGAAUUUGGGCAGCCCGUAUUCGACUCCGUCGAGUUUGCGUCGAGUGCUGACGGUUCUGGGUACAACGUCACGGCGCGAAGGAGAUCGUCCUUGCCGCGGGUACCUUCAACACACCUCAGCUACUUCUGUAAUCCAGGUGGUACCAUGGUACCAUUAGUAUCAACUCCACCAAUCCCUUCCAGGCUCCACUCAUAA